UAUUCUCUCCUGCUUUUUCAGCCCCCGCCCCUCCGGCUCACUGCUGCUGUGGCUUUUCCUCCGCGGGUUCCCUCUGCUGGCGGAGGCGAUUGCGGGUCCGCGCGUUCCAUGGCCGGCGGCGGGGUACCAUGACCGACUACGGGGAGGAACAGCGCAACGAGCUGGAGGCCUUGGAGUCCAUCUAUCCGGACUCCUUUACAGUGUUAUCAGAAAAUCCAACAAGUUUCACUAUCACUGUGACAUCUGAAGCAGGAGAAAAUGAUGAAACUGUUCAGACGACCCUCAAAUUCACCUAUUCAGAAAACUAUCCAGAUGAAGUCCCAUUAUAUGAAUUGCUUUCACAUGAGAAUCUUGAGAAUAAUGAUAUUACAGACAUAUUAAAACUACUGCAGGAACAGGCAGAGGAGAAUCUAGGCAUGGUAAUGAUCUUCACACUGGUGUCAGCUGUGCAAGAAAAAUUGAAUGAAAUAGUAGAUCAGAUAAAAACUAGAAGAGAAGCAGAAAAGAAACAGAAGGAAAAAGAGGCAGAGGAGGCAGAAAAGCAAUGUUUUCAUGGCACCCCUGUCACUAUUGAAAACUUUCUACGUUGGAAGGCAAAUUUUGACUUGGAGCUCUUAGAGAUUAAAAGAAAAAAGAUGAAAGAAGAAGAACAGUGUGGCAAAAAUAAAUUAACAGGAAAGCAGCUGUUUGAGACAGAUCAUAACCUUGAUACAUCUGAUAUUCAGUUCUUAGAAGAUGCUGGAAACAGUGUGGAAGUAGAUGAAUCGUUGUUCCAGGAAAUGGAUGACUUGGAGUUGGAGGAUGAUGAGGAAGAUCCAGACUACAACCCUGUUCAUCUAGACAGUGACUAGAUCUGGGAUUACUCUACUAGCUAUUUUGAUCCACAGGUUUGGACACUUGUACCCAGAAACAUGCACACAUGAUUUGGAUCUCUUUUUCUUCAAAGAAGAGGGUGAAGUAUUUUAAUAUCAGGAGACUUCUUUUCUGGUGGCUUUCAGCCCAGGUAAUAAACAGACUUUAACAUUUGA